GGGGUCAAGCAACCAGGGAAGUGACGUGGGGCCUCGGCUUCACGUACAUGUAGUAUCUAGCGGCCUGGGGGGCAGGCGCUUCAGGUGGGUCGGAGCCCUGGAGCCUGGAGAUUCGGCAGCGAGCAGCUACCUAGGUAUCGUUAUAAUCUACCUAGGUACUGAAUUCCAGUACUGGGGCUUAAGUAAGUAUUCACGGCCAGCAGCUGCAUCGGAGGUGAACGGAAGCUGGAAGGUGUUAGCUUGCAAUCGGCCCCCAGCUUAUAUCGACACGGCGGCCUGACUAACAUAUGAUUCUUGAAUAGAAAUUCCAGCGCAUCCGCGGAGACAAUGAAGACGAGAAACAUCAUGAAAGGGUCAUCAUUCUUGUCAUACACCCCGCAAAAUGGACGCUUUUCUACGAGGUACGAAACGCAAAUCAUCCUCCCUCACCCAAGGAUCGGGUCAGGAUGACGUCGAGGAAUCAACUGAGAUGAAGCUCGCACUACUCGCCUCUUUACUCCCGAAUUUAACCCAGGAAGUACUGCUCGACGCUCUUCUGGCCAAAGAGGGUUCUGUUGACCAAGCUGCCUCUUCUCUGCUCGACAACCAAACAGAGCCAAAGAAGCCUUGCGCUGCUGCCACUGUCGGAGCUCAGACUUCGCUAAAGUCGUUUGCGUCGAAGUCAUCCGCUGCAGGAGGAGGAGCCGAGGCGGCUAAAAAGGCAAAGUUACUGUCUAAGAAAGGGACUACACUCUACUUAUACGACCCUGAAGACAUUGCAGAGCACACGCCAUGUAGCAUUAUACAUAACUUUCUCCCGCAAGAGGAGGCUAAUGACCUACUGAGAGAAAUGCUAGAAGAAUCCAAAUCUUUCAAGAGGGUCACUUUCAAACUUUUUGAAAAUACCGUUCAGAGUCCGCAUUCAUCAAGUUUUUACGUAGCGACAGAGGCUGAGUUGAAUACCCAGAAGCACGAGUACUUCUACUACGGUGGACGUCUAGAGGAUGUUCGACGAAUUACACCCCAGCUUCUUAGGGUGAGACCUAAAGUGCAAGAAGCAGUCAACAAGGCAUUACAGUCCCGCAAGAAAUUGAGAUACCAAUGCCCCGAUGAAUGGACGCCAAAUGCAGCAUUCGUCAACUGCUACGAUGGACCUCAGGAAUCUGUUGGCUAUCAUAGUGACCACUUAACGUACUUGGGUCCUAAGGCCGCUAUCGGCUCACUUUCUCUGGGUGUAGCAAGGGAGUUUCGCGUUCGUCGCAUAGUACCGAAAGAUGCAGAUAACAACCUGACAGACGAUCCUGAUGCACAAGGGCAGAUAUCUAUACAUCUGCCGCAUAACUCACUCCUCAUCAUGCAUUCUGGUAUGCAGGAAGAAUGGAAGCAUGCGAUCACGCCUGCUCAAGCUAUUGAUCCGCAUCCUAUCGCCGGUAAUCGAAGGAUCAACAUCACUUACCGUGAUUACAAGCGAAACUUUCACCCAAAUUUCACACCGAGAUGCAAAUGUAAUCUUCCGGCUAUUCUCAGAACUGUGCAACGAAAGAAGGAUAAUUGGGGGAGAUACUUCUGGAUGUGUCAUCGUGGUAAUGUCCCUGGUCAGGUGAACUGCUCUUUCUUCCAGUGGGCGGAUUUCGACGAUAACGGAAUACCUAGUUGGGAUACGGCGCGAUAUAGAAAGAAUAGCACUACGAUAGGAGGGCAAGGCCUUGAGUUAAGUCCUACAGAAGAACAGCCAAUAGCCACAGAUCAAUAAACCA